AUACAAGGGUUUUAGUCAUAGAUCGACAUUGUUAAUGCAGAUAAUUUAUUCAUUAUGACAAAGCUUAUUUUGUACGUGUAAAUAUGGGUCGAAUAGUGGGCUAUUAAUAAAAUAUAGAUGCAAAUGUUGAGAAAAAAGGUCAUAAAUGCCAUCAAAAACAAGAAGGAACAUUCGGGAAUAGUCGUCGUGUCUAAUAGACACUCUUUAGCGCAUGCGUGAUAAGAGAACGCCCAAUCUUUGACACUUAGUAGCGUUUUUUGCGUGCGAUGGAAUUUCUUUUUUAACUGCCUAACCAACGGAUUAAUAUUUCACGAUUAUAAGACCAUUUUUGGGGACAGAAAGACAAAUUAAAAAUCUACCACUCUUUUUUAACCGAAUUAAAACAAAAGCGGAAGUAUCUGCAACCGAUGCAUCUUGCCUCGCUACACUGCCGUAUGGUACAGCCCUCAAAAAUCAAAACAAGCAUCUCCGGUUGAAAAAAAGCGAGUAUCUGGAUGCUACUUUGUACAUUACGAAACUCAGUAGUUGUCUCAGAAAAAGUCUUUCAUCAUGUCGAAUAUGGAAAAACACUUGUUCAACCUCAAGUUUGCUGCCAAGGAGCUACAGCGUAACUCCAGGAAAUGUGAUAAAGAGGAAAAGUCAGAAAAAACUAAAGUGAAGCAGGCUAUCCAGAAGGGUAAUAUGGAGGCAGCCAGGAUCCAUGCAGAGAACGCCAUCCGGCAGAAGCACCAGUCCAUCAACUUCUUGAGGAUGAGUGCCCGGGUGGACGCUGUAGCCUCUAGGGUCCAGACAGCUGUCACUAUGAACCAGGUGUCAAAAUCCAUGUCUGGAGUGGUGAAGUCUAUGGAUGCUACACUGAAAAGCAUGAACCUGGAGAAGAUCUCUGCACUGAUGGACAAGUUUGAAAAGCAGUUUGAGACUCUUGACGUGCAGACAGCUCAGAUGGAGGAUACCAUGAGCAGCACCACCACUCUGACGACACCUCAGAAUGAAGUGGAUAUGCUGUUGCACGAGAUGGCUGAUGAAGCUGGUUUGGAUCUUAAUCUGGAGCUUCCUGCAGGCCAGACCUCUUCACUGGCUUCAUCUGUGGCAUCAGCAGAGCAGGAUGAGCUCUCCCAGAGGCUGUCCAGGCUGCGAGACCAGGUGUCAUAGUGACACGGCGAGGAAAACAACAAGGAGGGACAAGAAGAAGGAGCAAAAACACGGAAGGGCCAAUAAAAACAAAAAGUGCAAUGUGCCUGCAGGCUUCAUGCCCUCCUUUAUGUUUUUUUUUUUCUUUUGAGAAAAGCCUGAAAGCAGAAAAGGACGUUUUUAUAAAAAAGGAGGUUUACAGUCCUGCAAGUGCGUACAGCUAUUACCUCAGUCUAAGCCGUUUAUGUUGCAUGUGUAUAUAAUGCAAAGCAAAUAUAUUUAUUUAUGUACUAAUUUAUUUCCUAACUGAAUGGAUAUUGUAAGGGCAUACGUUUAAUGCAACUGCUGACGGUGUUGACACUUGAUUUUUGCUUCCAGCGUCAGCUUCGCUGUCGUAAUACAAAAUUCUCCAGGUGAAAUAGUUUCCUUGAGUAUUUAAUAGAAUUUUCUUCAUGUAGCAGUAACCACCGCACUGCUAUUCACAAACAGAAAGUCAUUAAAAGUAUUGC